AUGGGUGACAUGGGGAAGAUAGUCAAUGCCUGCGAUAGGCCUACAAACUAUGAUGCAUUAAAACAGGAAUUCGCGUCUGAUCAAAAUAUCAAUAUACUCCCGAAUGGGCAUUUAGUCUCCAGAAUUAGCGACUACAUUAUCUACAGCGUAGAGGCGGAAGCCAUUGACAUAAUUGUCGCCGAGUACGGACCAUCAACCAAGGUCGGCGCAAUCGUGGGCGGCCAGACAUCUUGCAAGGCCCCUGAGCUUGCUGCUUUUGACAAAUACCUACCCGACGACGUAGAAAUCAUCUCAUGCCAUUCCCUUCAUGGCCCCAACGUCAACCCCAAAGGCCACCCUCUGGUCCUGAUCCAACAUAGAGCGUCAGAUGAGAGUUUAAGAUUCGUCGAGAGGAUCUUCUCGACAUUCCAAUCCAAAUAUGUUUAUCUCAGCGGCGACCUACACGACAGAAUCACAGCAGAUACCCAGGCGGUAACGCACGCCGCCUUUCUUAGCAUGGGUACAGCAUGGCAUGCAAAUAACCAGUUCCCCUGGGAAGUAGCCCGUUACGUGGGUGGUAUCGAGAACGUUAAAAUUAAUAUAACACUGCGAAUAUAUGCAAACAAGUGGCACGUCUAUGCGGGACUGGCCAUAUUGAACCCAGCAGCAAAGAAGCAGAUCCGCCAGUAUGCGCAGUCAGUGACAGACCUGUUCAAGCUGAUGUUGGGCGGGCAUCGGGAAGAAUUGAGAGCUCGAGUGAAGACGGCCGGGGCGGCGGUGUUCAAGUCUGAUACCAUGCAGCAUGAUCUGUUAUUAAGAGAUGAUGUACUUGAUCGGUUUUCCCUGUCCAAAGGGAAUUCGGAGAGGAUGCCUAACAACCAUUUAAGUUUGCUGGCCAUUGUGGAUUGUUGGUGGAAGUUAGGAAUUGUUCCAUACGAUCAUAUGAUUUGCUCGACGCCUCUCUUCCGUCUAUGGCUGGGAGUAACGGAAUAUCUCUUCAGAAAUGAAGACCUCCUCAAUGAGGUCCUGGAUAUCGCCAUUGACGACAACACGUUCCGCUCUGAUGACCUAGAGUUCACAUUUGCUGCACGGGCUUGGUCCGAAUGCGUCUCCUUUGGCGACUUCGCGUCAUACCGCGAUCGUUUCGAAAAGAUACAAUCAUACUUCUCCCCUCGUUUCCCAGAAGCCGUCAGACUGGGGGAAAUUCGGUAA